GACUCCAGUUAUGCUUGAACAGAUGAAAAUUCGAUUUGGAAUAGGAGGAAGAAAGCUUGAAAGUCUGAUGCGAACUGUCUGAUGCUGACGCUAGGACUUCCAGGGCUGGUCAUCUUCCAUUUUCAAGUAUGCAUAUAUAACACACAAUCCCGACGUUUUCUAUAGUUUGCCUCUUAAUGCUACUUUUCACAAACUAAUAACCAAUCACUUGCCAACAAAUAAAACAUCAUGUACUUCACUCAGCUCUCCGCAAUUGCUUUGAUGGCAGCCAGUCUCGUCGCUGGUGUUCCAACACAAGCACCCAGUGCUGCAGAUGCAAAGGUUCAUACCGUUGUGGUUGGUUCAACCAACACUUCUCUUCUUCUAUUCACGCCACAAGAAAUCACCGCGAAGCCUGGUGACACGGUGGAAUUCCAAUUCCACGAAAGGAACCACACUGUCACACAAUCCGCCUUUGAUUCACCAUGUCAGCCAAUGGCCAAUGCAAUUAAUAGUGGCUUCGUUCCAGUAGCGGCAAAUCAAAGCAUGAUCACGACUUUCACUAUGACUGUCAAUAGUACAGAUCCGAUGUUCAUGUAUUGUGCGCAAGGAAAGCAUUGUCAAGCAGGAAUGGUAUUGACAAUCAAUGCAUCGAAUGGAACCCAAAACUUCGGGACAUACAAAGCGGCAGCAGCCAAAGCAGCCAGCAAUGUUCCAGCUGCCGCAAUGGGCGGCGGUGUCAUGGGACAAAUUGCGGCCGAUAAAGCUACAACAGUUCCUCUGCGACGAAUUUGAGGAGGAAAAGACCGUGAGGCAGGUUCCUUGUUUGAAUGCGUAAUGUUAAUUGUUUAUUCGGGUUUGAGAUGAGCUCUCAGCUCUCCCAUCGGUGGUUCUGGUAACCACGUGUCAUAUUUCGUUUACAAUACCCAUGGUUUAUUUCAUCUUCUCUUUAGCUUUGUCUCUUUGCUGUGUGCUGUCCGUUGAUCAUGUCUGGAAGUAAAGGCUUGUGGUUCUAGAGGUGGAUAUGUAUAUUAGUUCGCAGCUCACGCUUGAGUCUGUAAUAAAUGUUCUCGGGGGUAUUGGCAUUUACCAGAAUUCCGGAGUUAAGAAAUAUACAGGAGGUUAUUUAGUAGAAAUUUUCAACAAAUGUACAUAUAUAUUCAUGCAAUAAACCAUGUAU